AUGUGCAUAGUUCAGUGUAUGCAAAAAAUUAUACUGGCGUUCUUAUUGAUCGCCGUAUCAAAAUCUCCAUCAGCUACGCAGAAUUCCAUUAUUUCAGGUAAUUCUCUGACAUCGGUAACAGGAACAGUGACGCGGGUCUCGUCAGUCGUCGGCGGCGACGCGGAUCUGCCGUGCGAUUCAAGACCACCCCAGCAUAAUGACAGUCUACUUCUCGUUGUAUGGUACAGGGAAGACAACCCAGUUUACAGCUACGACACAAGAGUUCAGGGGCCUACAGCACAUUGGACUGAUGACGCUUUCGCCGAACGAUCCCGUUGGCUCGGACUGCCUAACUCGGCUUUACACCUCACCGAUGUACAGUCACGCGAUCGAGCUACCUACAGAUGCCGCGUCGACUUCCAGGUGUCUCCAACACGAAACUACAAAAUUGCUCUCGAUGUUAUUGAACUACCAAAUAAACCGGUGAUCUUUGACGAAUACGGAAAUGAAAUCUCCGGAGUAGCGGGACCCUACUACGAAGGAAGUGAUUUUAAACUCAUUUGCUCUGUACACGGUGGUAAUCCUAUACCCCAAGUGCAAUGGCUUCAAGGAGAGACGGUUCUUGCUACAUUAAGUGCCGGAGAAAUUCAGCUAGGGCCGUCAAGAUCAUUGACCUUGCUUAUAACAAAUGCAACGAGAUCUCAUUUCGCCAAUACAUUUACUUGUACUGCUGAUAACACUUUGUUGGCUCCACCUCAACGAUCAGAGGUCCGAGUAGAUUUGUAUUUGCGACCAUUGACUGUUGAAAUACUGUCAAGAGAACAACCUUUGUCUGUUGGAAGAAAAGCAGAACUAUGGUGCAAGUCCACCGGAGCUCGACCACCCGCUACUAUAACAUGGUGGUUAGGAGGCAACCAGUUGACAUCUAAAUCUAAACAGCAGAUUUCAUACAAGCAGAUGGAAAUGGAAGAGGCGAACGAAACACAGUCAUUAUUACAGUGGACUCCAUUAAAGAAAUAUAAUGGUCAAGUUCUUACAUGCAGAGCAGAGCAUACAAUGUUUAAUCAGUCUAGUAUUGAAAGUAGAUUGGUUCUAAAUAUAUACUAUAUACCAGUAGCUGAAAUGCACCUUGGUUCCAAGAUGAACCCGAACGAUAUUGAAGAAGGCGAUGACGUCUACUUUGGAUGCGAGGUCGAUGCAAAUCCACCCGCCUAUAAAGUUGUCUGGGAACACAAUGGUAUUAUAUUGCAAAAUAAUCCAUCACACGGAGUUAUACUAACGGGUAAUACUAACUUAGCUAUACGUAACGUUUCACGACAUCAAGCCGGAGAAUAUACGUGCACUGCAUCGAACGUUGAAGGCGAUGGAAAGUCACCUCCAUUACAGCUGCAAGUAGUUUACAGACCCGUGUGUCGACGACGACAGAUUAAAAUGAUCGGUGCCGCAUUACAAGAAUCAUCGAGUGUGGAAUGUGAAGUCGACGCUUUUCCACUACCGGAUACAUUCGAGUGGACCCUUAACAACUCCUUCGGUUCUAUAGCAGUCGAUCCUGAUCGGUUCACAAUCGAUGCAAACGCAGGCAAAUCGAUUUUGACGUACAUACCAGUUUCUGAAAUUGAUUACGGAACACUAUCAUGUCGUGCUACAAAUUUAGCCGGGCAGCAAGUUUCACCAUGUGUAUACACUUUACUACCAGCAACAAGGCCCGAUCCGCCCACUAACUGUACAGUGUAUAAUCUCACUCACGACUCAUUAGAUUUGAUGUGCUUAGCAGGAUACGAAGGGGGACUUCAAUGUGUAUUUGUAGCAGAAGUUUGGGCUAAUGAGGGGUUGGUUGUUAACGCAAGUAAUGGUGCGGCAUUAUGGAAUCUAAGAAGGCUUGGUGCAAAAAGACAACUUAAAAUCAUUGUAUACGCCGCUAAUGCCCGUGGACGAUCAGAACAUGUGACAUUCACUAUAGAAACAGCACCCAGAUUAUCACCAAGAACAGAAGCACACGAGGCGUGGGAAGUCAACUGGGCAGUUGGUGGAGUAUUAGGUGCAGCGUGCACGGUAGCGUUUAUCCUGUGCUUAGCACUCGUUGCUACGAGAUUAAGGCACCGGUCACGGGAUUACGAAGUUACCAUGCAGAUUGCCAAAAUCCAGAAAACUACACCUCAAAAACGGCAGUCUCCUGAUGACAGGAACCCGGACUUGAUUCCGUUAAAUAAAGGUGCAGAGAGCCCACCAGAUCCUCCUCAUUAUUCGACAGUGGUUAAUAAACAAAAUGUUAUGAACUCGAAUAGUUUACACAGCUUGGUUAGCACGCAGACACCGAAUACUCCGCAACCUCACAACCCUGAAAAUCAGAUUGACCGUAUUGGGAUCAAUGGAACUGCGAGGUUGCAAAGAGAAGUUGUAACGACUAGAACCCCUUUGUUAGCAGCACAUCAAGAGAGCUGUGUU